AUGUCUUGGGCUUAUUUACAGGUGAAACUCGAUGACGCAUUAAAAGAAAUGACAACUAUCACCACAGAUAAACGGCUUUUUAGACCCAACCGAAUGUUUUUUGGGGUAGCUUCUGCGCAGGGUUUAUUCCAAAGCGAAAUGGAAAAAGUUUUGGACGGUAUAGAAGGGGUAGUUGUAUUUUUCGACGACAUUUGUAUCUCAGGGACAACAAUUAAAGAACAUGAUUUGAAUUUAAGGGAAGUUUCAACUCGAUUAAAAAAAUGUGGGUUGAAAAUUAAUCCAAAAAAGUGCUUUUUUGCUAAACAAGAGGUUAAUUUCCUGGGAUACAAAAUAGAUAAAAACGGAAUUUAUGCGGACAGAAAGAAAAUUGAUGCGAUUAGUCGAAUGAAUCCACCGACAACUGUGAGUGAGCUCAGACAAAGUGUUAAUGCACUACGAUACCGAACUUCCGGUUAA